AUGCAAGCAUGGGAUGGUGGUGGUACUGGUGCUUGGUAUCGUGUUGACACAUCAUGCUUAUAUUCAUUUUCAUCUACAACUUUGAUACAGUGUUUACCAACUAUUAUCAUACCUGCUAACGUGACAUUGGUAACCGAUGGCUUUUUUAUUAGUCUUGGGAUCUUUAAUCGUUUUAAUGGUGUUAGUCUAGAUAUUGGUUUGACAUACGAGCCUCGAACAAAUAAAUGGUGGUCAUAUGCUAAUGAUGUUCGGGGGUGGAAAUUUGGAAGUAUUUCCAUAGAUUCUUCAGUAACUCGAUGUAUCAAUAUAUCUCUGUCAAUAUCUGAUGGCUAUGUUAAAUAUCUCGUUCGAACAAGCAAUGAUUCAAUAAUAUUAGGCCAAGAUUUAUAUCUGGUAUCACAACUUGAUCCACAGUUGAACCUGACUGUGAAUAGUUCUAACUUGGGUUUUUAUCGUUUCGAUAGCAUAGCUCAAACCAAAGAAACGUUGAAGAGCGGAUCAUGCAUGAUUCACGCACAACUAACCGAAUGGCUUCUGGAAUUGAAGUCUCAAGUUUUUGUUCCAGCUCGAGGCGACUACAUGGCCUCAAAUAUCCGAGGUUAUCCUCCAGGUCCGUGUUGUACAAAAAAUGAAAUCAGCACGAUACUUGUGCAUAAUGAAACGGAGUGGAAUCAAGCUGAUAUUUCAAUUUCUUAUCUUUGA